AGUGGCGACCAGAGCAGCUGCAUGUGAAAAUGUUUGCGCCCCGCCUGGCUUGGUAUUGCCACUAUCGCUCAAUCUGAAGGUUAAUUAGGAAGAACCCUCACCGAUUAGUGUUACUAUGGCGCCGAGCCAAAAACUGCUCGCCCUUGGAGGGCAAGGAUUCAACAUCGACCGAAUCCCCGUAUCUCAAGCAAUGGCGGUGGCCUCGUUGUACUGUAGUAGACCAGCGGUACCGUUGUAGUAAUAUCCACCGUUUACAAUAGCCAACAGGAAAGGUGGUGCUGAGUGGGUAGCUAUUUAGUUUGUAGACGGGAGCGUCCACAACAAUGCUUCCCGUGGCGUCUCCCCAACAUACGGGAAAUGAUAGAGGUGUCCCUCUGACGGCCAAUUUGGAUAUGGGGGGUUCCUCCUCCCAAGGGAUUGCAGGUGGGGGCCACCAAGAAUCACAAGGAGAUAAUAAUGUUACGGGAGGAGAGAUGAACAGUAUCGACCUAGAUUCCUUUAGAAAUCAGAAGAUAAAAGAAUUUAGGGAAGCAUUGGAAGUCGACAUUCAGCGAAAACGACAACAAGCACAAAAGGAUCUAGAGGCGGCUGAAAGACAAAAAUGGGAGCAACUGAUGGAAUUCCAGCAGGCUCUACAGAGAGAACAGCAAAAGCAGGAACAGCAAAAGCAGGAACAACAACAACGAUCGCAGCAGCAACUAAGGGAGUUUCAGCAAGCUUUUCAAAGAGAGCAGCAGCAAGCCCUUCAAAGCGAGCAACAACAGAAGGAACAAGCACAACAGCAACGAUCACAGCUGCAACCACAGCAGCCGACACAGCCACAAUACGUCCCACCACCACAACCCCCACCCCCAAACCCUGCCAAUUACACCCAAGCUUCAGCUUUGUCGCAACAACAAAGUCGUGUGCCAGGGCAAGCCAAUUUACCUCAGCAACCAAGUCCCAGCCAACAGGUUCAGCAGCAACAACUACUACUACAACCUGUCCAGCAACAGCAAACAGUCCAACAACAACCUGUCCAGCAGCAGCAACAACAGCAAGGAAUGGCGAGGGUAGCCAACCCAUUGCAUCAGCAACAACAGGCUGUUGGCAUUCAGCAGCAGGGGCUGAACAUGGGUAUGCAAGCGACUCAGACUCCGUCUGCAAAUGUUGGUAUGCAAUCAACUGCUCCUAACUAUAUACAACAGCACGGACAGAGCAUGGGGAUCCAAAUACGUUCGUCUAUGCAACAAACACCACAACAGCAGCAACAACAAAGUAUACCACAAGGGAUGCAACAGGCAGCUCCGUCUGUGUAUCAGCAGCAGCAACCGCCACAACCACAACAAAGCAUGGCCUUGCCACCAUCAUCAGGACCUCAACAUAUGAUGACCAGCUCCUCGUAUGGACAGUAUUCUUCCAUGUCGGCGAUCAACCCUAUAGCAAACCCCAUGAGACAACAGCAACAGUACCAGCAAGCAAGUCCCAUGAGACAGUUGCCACCGCAAGUCCAACCAGCAAGUCCUAUGGUGCAGCUCCAAGCUCCGCCAAAUCCAACUAAGCAACAGCUACACCAGGGGGCAAGCCCAGUGAGACAACUCCAAGCAGCAAGCCCAGCCAGACAACAUAUUUCAUACAACUCUAUCCAACACCAAAACGGGCAAGACCAAAUGGCACAACAAGCUGUGCAGCAGCAAGUGGGAAAUACUGCUCUGUCCGCUGAUCGCAUGUAUCAAUCACACGAUGGAGGGGACUUUGAUGUUGCAAACUCUGGGCAAUAUCAUGAAGGUGCCUCGGUACGGAUAGCCAAUCCUAUGAGGCAACACCAGGGAAUGGGGACUUCUGUUUACACAAUGUAUAACAAUAGUUACAUGGGAAGGACGGGCAGCUCGACGAGACAAUACGACAAAGUCAUUCAGAGCAGCCCAAUGCGCCAGUACGAAGAUGGCAGAUCGCGCAGUCCGAUGCGAUAUCAUGCAGAUGGCAGGUCAGGCAGCCCACUGCAGCAACAUGACGAUAGGAGAUCCAGGAGCCCAACACGACAUCGCAUAGAUGCCAGAUCGGGCAGCCCUCUGCGGCAAUAUGAAGGCGGCAGAUCCGGUAGUCCUAUCCGAUACCACGCAGACGACAGAUCUGGCAGCCCGAUGCGACAUCACGCGGAUGUCAGGACGAAUAGCCCCAUAAGGCAGAUCGGCAUGGCAGCAGCGGCGAACCCUUACAAUCGGCAAGGUUCAGAGUAUUCAUCAGCUUAUGAUGCGAAUCAAGACUAUCACCACAUGUCCCGCUCAGCAAGCUUAUCCUAUCCGGAUCCAACAAUCGGUCGAAGUCGAAGUCCCAGCCGAAUGGCUCAUGCAGCACCUCAACAUCGAUCAAUGUCUUCGAGCUCAGUGGACACAGAAGGUUACUACCGGGGUCUACCAGGAGGUGCCAAUGAUGAUAUCUGGAGGACACGUGGUGAGCCCGAAACCUUCACUUUUGACAACGCUGAGGACGACAGAACCCACCAAAAGCCGCGAAUACCCGGAGUAUAUUCAGCCGGUGUGGAGAGAGUCAUGUCACAUCAGAACUCAAGAGAUCUAAUUCACUCGAGCUCGACUUGGAAUCCAUCUGGUCGCAGGGUCGCCAGUCCGCCGUCGCCCCGUCACCUAGAUCGUCUCGAUGAAGCUGAGCGCCUGGAACGUGAGUACGCGCAACUAACAGGGAAGAGGAUUGUACCAAGUGCUAGCAAAUUGACAAAUCUGAUGCAAGUGAAAAAGAUGCAAGAAGAGAGACGGCGCAAGUUGGAAGCGCUUACCGCAAAAGUGGUCGAAAACCGCCGCCGACUCGCGCACGAGAUGAAGACAGCAGAUCGCCCACUUGAAAUAUCCGUCGUAGAACGACUCGCUCACGAAAUGGACGUAGAAGAACGUCUCUACGAGAAAUCUUUGCAGGCCAGGGAAGGACACCGCACGCCUCCUCGCAGACCUCGCGAUCAAAGGGACGAUGAUGAGCUUCGCACAGAAGAAUACUAUACAACUCCUCGCAGGCGUCAAAGUGAUAAAAGAGAAAAACGAGCACAGGAGGAAACGAGAAUUGAAAAACGUCAUUCGCCUUCUUCCAAGCAUCACCGUGACGCAGGAGACAAAAGAAAGGAGGAACGCCCCAGGGAAGAACGUCGUUCCUCUCAUAGGCAUGAUCCCAGAGAUGAGCGCCGUGAAGAGCUUCCCGUGGUUGUCGAGGUGGAGGAGCCCACUGAAACUGACACAGGGACUGGGAUGAGAACGGAAGAGGUCACACAUAGUGCAGCCAGGCCGAAGCAUCAUCGAAAAGAGUCACACAGUGAAUACCGAAGCGAAGAGCCGUCAGGUUCCUCUAGCGCUGUGAGUGAAAGCGAUGAACAAGUCAGGGUGAGCGAAAGUAAACCCAAUCCCACGAGGAAAUCUGCUAGUAAGACUCCUCCCAAAUCCCGAAGCCACGACAAGCACAAUCGAAAAGCGGAAGCCAAAUCGAAAAAGAAGGAACGAAAAGGGAAGACCAGUGCCGAUGAAUUUCUCGAGAAACUGCGCCAGAAGAGGUCCGAGGCCGCAGCACGCCUGGAAGUUGAGGGCGAAUCUGCUGCAUACGACAGAGAGGACUUCUUGAAUACGCUCGAAACGGGCAAAGCUGCUGUCACGUUGCCGACGCGAGAUCCCAAGCUGGCCAGAAAGAAUAGAAAAUUACCGUCACUAAAGCUCACCAGGGAAAGCCAUUCAGGCGACAAGGGCGAUGGAAGGAUUAGCCCGGGCAAAGGGAGAACACAGAUUAAGAUUGUUACAAAGAAGUCCAAAACCAGUGGGCGAGUAACUCCAACGAGUGGAAGAGUAACUCCAACCAGGGUCAGCGGAAGACAAACUCCAACCAAUGGACGAGUAUCUCCAACCAACACGCGGGGAUCUCCAACCAGUGGGCGAGCAACACCAAAAGCUGAACUAGAGAAGGCUGUCGCAAGAGAUCUUGACUUGACCCAUGACGUCGAAGAAAGUCGAGAUGUCAGCACCUUGGAGGUGGAGACCGUGACAGGACCGUCCAUUUCAACGGAUCCAACCGAAAGAGCAGUCCAGCAACGUUCCGAAUACAAAUCACCUUCCUCUGAGCAAAAGGCGAACACAAAAAAACACACUGUCAUCAUGGUGAAAAAAACAGCCGCAAAGCCAACUCUGGAGCAACAGAUUGCUGCAUCUCGAGAAAAGGAACGAGGGAGAAAGGAACGUGGUGCAUCUUCAACAGUUUCUCUCGUUAGUGACAUGUCUGAAAGCGUCUUCGCUGUUGCUCCAAUAAUGUUCGACAACGAUAGCGUGGCGUACACAGACGAGCCAUCAGACCAAAUGUUCAGCGAUCUUCAUUUUGACGAUAUUGUCGGCUCACCAAGUAGCAGCGUUGCCCGAGUGUACCUGGCUGAUGAUGACACAACUGCAAAACAUCAGAAGUUAAAGGUUCGAGAAUUCGAGGGAGGUUCUGAGACCGAAGGGUUCGAAGUUGAAGAGGGCACAGGCAGUGAUACCGGGAACUCACGAUCAAACAAAGCACAGAAAGAGCCCAACGAUCCUCCAGACUCUCGAAAGCACAACGAGAAGCCGAUGUCGAACCUUGAAGCUCUUCAUGAAUUGGAGAGGAAGCUAGACGCUGAAGAUCGUAGAAAUCUCAUGCCGGAAUUGCUUGAACUCACUGAGCUCUACGGAUGGGACAUGAAAAAGUUGUUGCAAAAUGUUGUACAAUUCUUGCCCCACCUUUCAAGUGAUGGUCUGAGCGAGUCAUCUUUGCAGCACCUCUUGAGUUUACCGGUCAAGGCAUUUCGAAGCCCUCGCGGUUCUCCAGCAACCUCCCCUAUCCGUGCCACGUCCAGUCGCAAAAUCCCUGUAACUUAUUCAACAGACCGCCGAAGCCCUUCAUCCCGCUCCACUGCUGAAGUAGCGAUCCGCGAUGGGUGGCGAUCUCGUACACGGAAUGGACCCGCUACUCCUCGAACAAGGCAUGCAGCCGCAUCAACUAGAGUUGCCAGGGUAAGACAUCGUGACGAUGGAGUUAUCGACAUGGGCGAUGUCCGAAGCAGCCUGAAGAGCAUUCUCAAGAGAAACAACAGGGUCUCUCGAACAGCCUACAAGCCCGAAUUGAACAGUCUGAACGAGCACUAGCUAGCUUGCUUGGCUCCUCCCCAUAUUGGCCGAAACGGAUAUUCAUGAUAACCAUGCUAGCCAAACUAUUUUUAAAUAAAACUCUGCGCUCUUCUGCUUGC